UAACUUGCUCUCACUGUGCUCUCAUUUUUUCUAAGUAGUUUUUCUCUGACACCCUCCUUUGGUCUGAAAUCAGAUUAUCAGAUCAGACACUGGAGUUAGUUUGUUAAUCACUGAACAAUUAGCCGUUGCAGUUUUUCAGCUCUGAAUCUCAAGAAAACGGAUAUUAGUAUCACCAUGGAAACUAAAGUGAUAGUCAUGUUAAUUGGUUUAGCCUGUCUGUGCACAGCCUCGCCCUCCACUCCACAAGAAUAUGACAAGGGGCUUAGCGAACAGCAAUCGAUUAGUAAACCACUGGACGAACGAUCAUCGAUAUCUAGAUUUGCACAGAAAUGUCCACCUGGUCUGUGGUGUGGAAAAAAGCGAGGACUGAACAAGAGGACUAAAGACAGACUCUCCAUGACGAAGUUUGCCGGUCAUGAUUGUCCCCCCGGAAUUUGGUGCGGCAAAAAACGACAAGUGAAUUUGAAGGCAUUUGAAACACCACAGCAUCAAGCACAAAACGUACAAACUGUUAACCCACAAGCUGAAGAAAUCAACCCCAAUAAAGCCAACAAAGUUUUCCCAGAAAAUCUCAAGCAAGGCCCAAUAGAUGAGAAGCUUUUCCGCCGUAUUGAAGAUGACUGUCCCCCCGGAUUGUGGUGCGGCAAGAAACGAAGUGCACCUAGUAAAUUAGCAGAUCGUUCUUCUACUAACUGUCCCCCCGGAUUAUGGUGCGGUAAAUAAAACGUACGUCCAACAAUCUCCAAGAAUGAUCAAGAUAACUAGCUUAAAGCCUUUCUGAGAAAUAUAUCUCCAUUUGAAAUUCAUUAAUAAAAAAAAGAAGAGGUUAAGUAAUUGAAGGUGGACUCGUUUGAAGCUCUUCCAUAUUUUUAGAUUAAAAGACUUAGCGGUAUUAAAGAUAACUGAGAUAUAUAAAGUUGCAAUUAAUGUUGAAGUAUAUUAAAAACUCCGAAAUUAAGUGAAGAACUAAAUAGUUUUUCGAAAUUGCAGAGGUCACUUGAGAGCAGAAUAUUUGUGGAUUUGACUGUGAAACGUUUCUAGGCGGAGAAAACAAUAAAAUUAAUGAGAGAUCAA